AUGCCUGAGUCUAACUCAAGCGACGAGUUCGAUGACGAUGUGUUCAUCGUAGAUAUCGAUUCAAUUCAAGCCCAUGGUCUGCACCUCUCCCCUCACUGCACAGCAAAGGCUUACAAGGUGUCAGGAAUCGGUGUUGCCGACAUCACGAAGCUAAAGGCAAAUGGUUUCUAUACUGUGGCGUCCGUCCAUGGGGCUACCCGGAAGACCUUGUUAAAGAUCAAAGGAUUCAGUGAAGUGAAGGUCGAAAAGAUCAAAGAUGCGAUUCACAAAUGCUUGCCCUCUGCCUCCGGCUUCAUCACCGCCAUGGAACUAUGUCAUCAGCGGAAAAGGGUGGUGAAGAUCUCGACGGGAAGUAAACAGUUCGACUCGAUCCUAGGAGGUGGCUUCCAGAGCAUGAGUAUCAGCGAAGUCUACGGGGAGUUUCGCUGCGGAAAGACCCAAUUGUCUCAUACCAUGUCUGUGGUGGCACAGCUACCCAAGGAGAUGGGCGGCGCAGAUGGCAAGGUCGCCUACAUCGACACUGAAGGCACAUUUAGACCAGAGCGUAUUGCGCAGAUCGCAGAGCGCUUCGGCGUCGACCCGGAUUCCACCCAGGAGAAUAUUGCCUAUGCGCGAGCCCUGAACAGUGAACAUCAAUUGGAGCUACUGAACACCCUGAGCAAGGAGUUUGCUGCUGGGGAGUAUCGACUCUUGAUCAUUGACAGUAUCAUGAACUGCUUCCGCGUAGAUUAUUGUGGACGCGGUGAGCUGGCAGAUCGCCAACAGAAGCUGAACCAGUUCUUGAUGAAACUUGCUCAUAUAGCUGAGGAGUUCAAUGUUUGUGUUUUGAUGGUGCAGAGUGACCCUGGCGCAAGUGCUCUCUUCGCCGGAGCAGACGGUCGUAAACCCGUUGGUGGACAUGUUCUAGCACAUGCCUCCACGACUCGGGUACUUCUUCGCAAAGGUCGUGGAGAGGAACGGGUCGCUAAGAUUCAGGACUCUCCAGAUUGUCCUGAACGCGAGGCGACAUAUGUCAUUACCAACGGGGGAAUCAACGAUCCUGAUAAAAUAUAG